AAAAUAUUAGGGUAUAGAGUAUUAGUGCACGACAACCUGUAUAUUUGUGUAUUUGAUAAAAUUUUCAAUAAACUCUUAUCAGGAGUUGAUAUUCUGAAAAGGGAAGGUUUUAUUUCUGUUUCUUAUCAAAAAAAGGUAUGUGAAUCAAUUCAACAAGUUAAAAUAAAAAUGAAGGAAUGUUAGACACUCAUGAAGAGAUGCGGUGGUGGCUGGGAGUGGUGGUGUGGCUAGCCCUGUUCGGAGGAGAGAAUGGAUCGGUGGUAUCGCCGGAGGAUCAGGGCCUGAGGGCCGGCAACUGGGGUCCUGGACCCGGCCUCCUCGAGUCUUCGGACCCUGCCACGGAGCCCUCUCCUGAGGACCUCAACGCCACCGACCUCAUGACCAAGCUGGGAUCUGCCUUCGAUGUCCAAUUCAUGAGCGUCAACGAACCUCCCGAGGGGUUACAGGCGAUCGAUACCUCGCAGUUCAGUUUCAGGCGAAAGAAGAAUGGGAGGUUGGUACCUAUGGGACCUAUGCCGCAGUACAUUCGUGAAGUGGAGCUGGGUGUGGUGAAGCUGGCCGACGGCUCCAGGCUCAAGACGCAAGUACCCGUCAAACUGAAGAGGAAGCUGCGCCAGCUGCUGUGGGCACUUACCGCCUGCCCGGUGGGCUUCAAGUGGCGCGACUUGGGCGCCAGAUUCUGGCCGCGCUGGAUCCGGGAGGGGCUCUGCCCCCGUAGCAGCUGCUCGGUGCCCGCGGGCAUGAAGUGCCGCCCCCUGGCAGCGCAACACAAGACCCUGCUCCGCUGGCACUGCCGCUCACCGGCCUGCCAAUGGAUCAAGGUCCAAUACCCGGUCGUCGUCCAAUGUUCCUGUGCGUGUUCUUCACGCUCUCCUCACUGAGAUCGGCCAUGUUUUCGUUUCGAGUCAGAGGAGGGUUAUUUAUUUCUUUGAGUUUUUUUUUUCAUUCCCAAGGCGAUAAAUAAUAUUUAAUGAAAAACAAAAAAAAUAUAAACCCAAAAUGAAGUUACCAACAGAGCAGCGAUAAUAUUGCACUUGUUUACAUCAUAAAAACACAAAUAUAAAGAGAUUUUAACCAUCACAUAAUACCUAAAACCAUUUGCUAUAACCAAAGAAAACAAAGUACUGUAGACAUACUGUAGACAAAAUAUCAUCGUAAUUAUAAAAACUGGUAAAUCCCAUUAAGGCUGUGCAUAAAAGUAUUCUUUUUUUUUAAAUCGGUUGAAAUCCAAAAUGUACACUUUAUUUAUGCUAUUUUCAAUUCAGAAUUCAUUAAACAGUAUUCAAACGCAGCCAUCAUGAGACUUGUAAUGAAAUUAUUACCAAUUUACAACAUGAUUGAUACAAGACAAAUUUAAUAAUACGAAUACGAAUCACAUGCCGUGUGCGUAAAUAACUUUAAUAAUAAAUUUACGUUACAUUAAGUAUUUAUUACAAUUAUGUAAACUUAUUUAACUUUUCUAUGUAUGAAGUAUAUGUGAAUUAUUUUCUAGUCAGUAGAACAUUAAUAUUACUAUUAAUUUGUUUUAGGUCAACAAAAUGUAUAUUAAUUUUAUUACAUUUUAUAUAAACUGUCAUGUUAUUGUUUUUUUUAAGUAAUAUUUUCUUUAACUAUUUUACCAUUUAAAUAAAAGCAAAGCUUCUUUUAUAAAAUGAGUGUCAUACAAAUAAAUAAAUCAGAUUAAAUUGAACGAUGUAAUAAAUUUAUUUCAAUUAAUA